AUGGAUCGCAGACAAUUAAUCAACAACCUGAAGCCUUCGCCAACUCAAUCUACAACCGUUACUCGACCCCAUUGCACACCUUUCACCCUACCCUCCAAUGGCGUUAUCAAUCUUGGUGGACCCGAAUAUUUCACCCUCACAACCAAUGCUAUCUUCACUCCAGAAUGUACAGGUACGGCCGAUAUUGUUAUCACCAGUGCGAACAGUCCUGCGUCGUUCAUCGAUCUGCGUGAUCCCUUUUACGCUUCCACGAUACCGGAAUGUUACGCCCUCGCUGCCACAACUGUAAUUGCAUACAUGCUAGUCAUAAUGCUUUUGAUUACCCCAAGAACAUUCCUGGUUCAAGGCGCUGUAGUAUUAGGACGACGCGGAUUUACGAACGGUCCAUCCGGCAGUGACGCAGGCAUUGGCAUUGGUGGAAGGCCUUGGCUACAGAAGGUUGCAGCCUUGACUGUUGCAGUCUCUCUAACUAUCGCGACGGCAGAUACGUUUCGUGUCGCCGAAGAACAAUACGAGCUCGGGUUUAUGAAUGCAGGGGCCUUACAAGACGAAGUCGAUGGUGGUUUGGAACUCAAGAUUAUUCGUGUUAUAUCGGAUACCUUUCUGUGGCUCGCGCAAGCCCAGACUCUGAUAAGAUUAUUCCCACGACAGCGAGAGAAAAUUAUAAUCAAAUGGACGGGCUUUGCAUUAAUCACACUAGAUGUUUUGUUUAGUCUCCUCAAUAACUUCGUCUACAAGGGCAAUUCGCGACCCCGCUCUUUUACAGAUGCUGUACCCGCCUUAGCUUAUCUCUUCCAACUCGCUCUAAGUCUUCUCUACUGCGCUUGGGUCAUUUACUAUGCUAUUUCAAAGAAGCGCUACGCAUUUUAUCAUCCGCAAAUGCGGAAUAUAUGUCUUGUGGCAUUGUUGUCGCUGGUAUCAGUGUUGGUACCCGUGGUUUUCUUCGUCCUUGAUAUCUCGAAGCCUACACUUGCUGCAUGGGGUGAUUAUGUCCGGUGGGUUGGUGCAGCAGCAGCAAGCGUGGUGGUAUGGGAGUGGGUGGAGCGAAUUGAAGCACUAGAAAGAGAUGAAAAGAAGGAUGGAGUGCUCGGAAGGGAAGUCUUUGACGGGGACGAGAUGCUAGAGGUCACCCCAACAUCGGAUUGGGCUAAACAUUUCCGCAAAGACGGAGGUGACAAGGGAGGGACUGCUACGGGUUCGACCUGGCCAGCAAUGUCUGGGUUGGCUAACCGUUAUAGGCCGCGUGCUCCGAACGAUCUCGAGGCCGGGCCGGGUUCCGAUCAACGUACAGGAAGACAUUUAUUAACGGCCCGCCCUCCAUUAUGGCCUACUAGGCCCGAGCCUAUUGCGACACCCAUCAAUAGGGCAGAUACUGCCAGCGCUGAGAGCACUGUCUAUGCAGUGAGGUAUCAUCCCAUCAGUGAUGCGACUCCGCCCAUUGUUGGUACUAAUACAACUCUCUCGAGAAGUAACAGUGAAGCUAUAUCAAUUAGCAGGUCCAUUAGCAAUGAAGAAAUUGACUUCGAUAAGCCAGUCAUCAUUGACCAGGGGCAGAAUGCCCCUAAAGUUGCAGCGGGUGCUCAGAAUUGGCAUUGGAAUGCCCUCAAUCCUUUUCGGCAUCGAGUUCAAGGGCCUCCAGCAGAAGUUUCGUUGCAUACUGCAAAGCCUGCAACAACUUUUAAUGGUCAUGAACCCUCGAACCGGUGGGACAUGCGCGCCCGAAUUGAAGGUUUCGCUGCUGCCCAGGCAGAAAGGUUGCGUGAAAAGACACGUCCUACAGUCAAUACAGGCCCUCUACCUCUCACUGUAAUUCCAGCACCAAGAAGACGUGCUAACGCGUCGGAAUCUGAGGAGUCAGAUUCAGAUUCAAUUCAACCAGCACCUGAAAGGCCAUCUCAGAUAGAGAGUGAAACCACAGGACGUGAUCAGCAUACCAGAACAAGUGACCCUUACACUCCAGAUAGUCUUCAACGACAUUCUAUCACUCAUCGUGGUAGCAUAUCAUUUGCGACGGCGGUGCAACCAGAAACAGACCAGCGAUUUGAAGAUACAACCACUUCAGGGACUCUUGUAAAUAGUCGUCAGACUCCCAAUUUUUCGAGUUCGCGAAGCAGCCCUGUCCAAGCUCGAAGUACUGUCACGCCGGCUCUCCCCGCAAUCAUAGAUGGUUUACCAGUAAAAACUAUACCGGCACCACCACGACGGCCUAGGGUGGGAGAUUCUUGA